UUUCUAUUCCAUGUAGGACUUGAGGCCCAAGCAGAGAGGCUGAAUCAGAGGCAGCAGAAGGGAUGAGUAAACAACGGCCAUCUUGGGCUGAUAUGGUGGAAGAGGAGGAACUGGAAACUUCGCAGUUCAGUUCUACUAGCUCUUCUGCACAUGUUAAGGAAGAAGUUGAUGUUUCUGAGAACCGUGCAGUAUUUAUUCCAUCUAAAGUGGUAUGCAAAAAAGAGCAUGCAGAUGACAAGGAUGACUCAGACAAUGAACUUGAUGUGACCAAAGAGCAAAAAAGUGUGGAUGUUGAGAAGGUUCCAGCCAGAUCCAGUCAUCAUCGCAAGGUUCCUACAAAACGAAAUCGAGCAGGUGGUGUUCUGAAUUCAGUUGAAGAGGAACAAGAUAUGAAGAAAUUGAGAAUUGAAGGUUUGGACAAUGGGAGCUCUUCAUAUCAAGAUGCAGACUCUCCCCAAGAAGGCAUUAACCUUCGUACAAAUGAUAUAAAAGUGGACAUUGAUAACAUUCACUUUCACAAGAAAAAAGCUUUGGGUUCCUCAAGUGACAUGAAAUGUGAUGGCAGCAAAGCAGGAAAUGAUACUUCUCAGAGUCAGUCACACUCGUUCAGUGGUAUCACCAUGGCAUCAGAGAGAGAACCCUCUCUUUCCAGUUCUUUUGAUAGUCUUUCCCCACGUCAUCAAGGAGAGAGUGACCAUGAAGUCAUAUGGAAUGAGGGUGAAGAAGAACCUCCCAAUUCUUUUGAAAUCAAGAAGGAAGCUAGAGAUUCUUCCAAUGCUUCCCAAAGGCAGAGAGAGCGUCAGAACUCUGCCAGUGGAAGUAGCAGUACAAGUGGUGUUAGUUGCAUGCUGGGUGGUACUUCAGCCAGUGAGGGCAGUGAAGUUGAUUAUGAGAAGAAGCUCCAACUUAUUAGAAAGAUGUACACCAAAAUUCCAAAUAAGAAGGACAGAGAAACAGAUUCUGAUGUACUUCAAAGACGACAAAAGCAGAUCAACUAUGGGAAGAACACUCUGGGUUAUUCAAGAUACAGAAAGCUGGUUCCAAUGGAGGAACGAGGACCAGAACAUCCUUGGACCCCUAACAAGUACCGAAAAUACUCCCGCAGAUCAUGGGAUCAACAAGUGAGGUUAUGGAGACAAGCUUUGCAUAUGUGGGAUCCUGAAGCCCGAGAAGAUUCACCUGUGGAUGAUCCCAAUGACAGUGUGAUAUGAAGAACUUUUCAUGGAUGGAAGAAUGCAAGACUUGAAGUCUAAGUGUUUUAUACCCCUGAUAUUCCUGCAUGUCUGCUAUUCCUCAUUCUUUUUUUUUUUAUUCAUUUGUAUUUAUGCUAUUUUAGAGGUGUUGC